AUGCAACCUGUUUCCCUUGAGUUAUAUUUCAAGAAAAACAGAUAUCAAAACAUAGACUGGUGCAGCUAUGUUUUGGACUGUCUUGUCAGAACAAAGAACUCAUACAUACCAUACUCAUAUACCAGCUUCUUUGUUGGACCUUCAGCUUUCUUGGUGUUGUUCUAUGCUGAUAACAUCCACUCAGAAGCUUUAACUGUAACACGUAAACGUCCAACAAUUUGUUAUUGGAGUUCAGAGAAGAUUAGAUAUCGAGAGACAUUUGAACAAGAAAAAGGUAGAUUUGGACUUGGAGAAUUAAAUGAAGAAUUUGUUAAUGAACAAGAUGAAGGAGAUACAGAUCUCGAAGACAGUGAUUCUGAUAAAGAUGAAGAUCAUUCUGUUGAGGCAUAUGAAUCAAAAAUAUCUAAAAUGCUUAAUAGUUUCGAGAGGAUGAAGGAAAAGCUGAAUUCAAAGCUCAAUGAUGCGAUAACAAAGUUCCCUGAAAAGGAAAGAAUCAAUUUGACACCAAUAAUCGGUCAAAAAACAAAUGAUCAAAAAGAAAAUGAAGAUAAAGAGGGAAAUGGUGAAGAAGACAAUGAUAAUGAUGGAAGUCAACCAGAAGAAGAUUAUUUGCUUGAUUCAAAUGAAGCAGAGAAUGAAGGAAUAAAGAAUGAUGGAGAUAAUAAUCAAAAAGAAGGUGAAACUGAAGUAAAAGAGAAAGAUGGAAAGAACAAUCAAAAUGACAAUGAUGAAGAGAAAAAGGUGAUGAUAAUGAAGAAACAAAUAAUCAUGAAGAGACUAUUCAACAAACUGAAAAUGAAAAUUUGUUGGAUAAAGUUGUUGACAACAUUGUGGAUAAUGUCCUUGGAAUUGGAAUUUCAAGUUUAA